UAGACGCAUGCACGUGUAGGUACGUACGUACGUAAAUAAAUGUAUAAGCGAAUCGACGUUUCGUUUUCGCACAAAUUAUAAUGGUAUCGUUAAGUAGUCGUAGAGAAGUAGCGCAUGGGAUGACGUUUAUCGUUGGUCCAUUUUUAUCUUCUUCUACUUCGUUGAUAGAAGCCAAUUUGGCAAGAGGUUCAUUAAAAUAAUUGGGUCGCCAGAUAAGUUUUUAUAUUUUUCGCCUGCUUCGAGUCAGGAACAAAACGAUUGAAUAACGUCUAUUAAAAGAACGAGAGGCGGAAUCUGCUGUUUUUCAAUCAAUGUGUAAGUCUAUUAUACGUACGCAUAGGCGCGUGUACGUGUGCGAACUGAAUUCCGUUGAAAAUUAUAAAACAGACGAGGAGAGUGAGCCUAGGUUAUGCCGUAUGCCAUAGAUUUCUAACUAAUUCUCUAAGCGAGACACCGCGACGUCGUUUAUUUCUUAGUAGGGUGUCGUCGAUAAGAUCACCGAAGCGACAAAGAAAAAUGGCUUAUUCUUACAACAUCGAAGAGGUUCCGAUGGCCGACGAGCCGUGCGUGGAACACGACAUUCGUCGUGCGAAACAAUUUUUGCUGAGGCACAGUCCCGAGUCCGGUGAUAAUCUGUACGACCACUUAUCGGAUCUCCUCUCAAAGAUACUCGCGGAAAGGCCGAAAAAUGCUGUCGAUUUAUUCGAGGAGUAUAGCAAAAGGUUGAAGGAAGAAAGAUUCAAAACCCAGACUAAUCAUUUGCAUGACGUAUACGUCCCACCUAUGCAAUAUGAAAAUGCAAAGAAGCUCAUCGCGCUGUUUCAAGUAAUCAAACGUUUCGAACAGGAAGAAGAUAGAAUGGAGGAGGACGAGGAGAGUGAGAGAAAGAAAUCGAUACCAAAUAUGAUGGACUUGCUAUUUUAUUUCGAACAAACUGGCGUGGGUUUGCCACGAAGCGAGAUGAUUUUGCUUAAUCUAGCGAUAAGAAAACUAGCUAGCAGCAUGCCCAUCGAAAACGUGAGGUUUUGGGGUAAGAUCCUUGGUAAUCCGAAGAAUUAUUACGUCGUGGAAGCCGAACUUAAUGAGGACGAGCUACGAAGGAGAUUAGAGGUAAUUGCUACUAUAUCGGUUUCAACGAUUUUUUUUUUUUUUUUUCGAUUAAAACGAAGAAUAAUUUCAAAGUAGCAAGUGACAGCCGCGGAGGAAAUUAGAGAAGAAAAUAGGGAAGAGAGAGUGCAGGAAGAGGCGGAAAUUUCAGGCGAAGAUCAGGAAAAAGGAUUGCAGUUGGUAUUUCCACCAUUGCCGAUUAGUACAUGGAAAAUACCAGCGGAAGUGCCACCGGAACAAAUUGGAACUGGUGUAAACGCUAAGGUAUAUUUCGUAUGCAACAGGCUAGGAAUCGACGAUUGGCUCGAACUUCCGCCGGUCACGCCGCAACAAAUAGUGAUUUCUCGUGAAAUCGUUCGUUACUUUACCGGCAACUUGAAGACACCGAUACACACUUUUCCACCGUUUCCCGGCACCGAAGAGAACUAUCUCCGAGCAGAAAUCGCGAGAAUCAGCGCAGCGACCGACAUAUCGCCGAUAGGCUAUUUUACGUUCGGCGGAUUAGACGAGGAAGAGGAGAUAGAUGAAGAAAUGGAAGAAGGAGGGACCUUGACGGAGAAUGUACAUUACGAUCCAUUGCCAGUCAAGGAUCUAGUGGAUCCAUCAAUGUCGAAUUGGUGUCAUCAUACUCCGUACAUUCUGAAGCAGGGACGUACGGUGUGGUGGGAUCCACGAGAAAGAGAGGAAGGAACGUUGAGAGAAGAAGAGGAAGAGGAAGGUGAAGAGGAUGAAACAAGAGUCGGAGAUGCGGUCAGAGAAACUGGACCACCUUUGUUGACGCCAUUGUCCGAAGAUGCCAUUUUAGAAUCUGUAUUUCCGUGGACGACCAGGCAAUCGUCGUUCGUUCAACUAGACACCGCGGUUGCGUUAGUAAGGUCAAAUAUUUGGCCUGGUGCUUACGCGUUCGCCGUUGACAGACGUUUCGCCAACGUGUACAUCGGCUGGGGUCACAAGUACACCGCUUACAAUUACAAUCCACCGUCUAUGCCUCCCGUUCAGGAUCAGUAUAGAAUUGGUCCCGAGGUCAUGGAGAUUCGGGAUCCUACUUUUGAAGAAGAGGAGGCUUACCGUAUCGCUCAUUUACCACCACCACCAUUAUCGAUAGGAGAAGGGGAGGAAGAGCUAGGAGAGGAAGAGGAAGAGGAAGAGGACGAGGAAGAGGAUGAAUGAUCGACAAUUAACUUCUUGAAUAAUUCAAAUCAACAUAAGCUCGAUUAAAGAUAAUAAAAUAAGAACAAAAUAAUCAACCCUGAAAAUGUAUUUAAAUAUCUUCCCGCGUAUUUACCGAUGCGGUAGAGAGAUUCUACGUCACGAUACUAUUCGUCGGCAAGUAGAUUCCUUCUUUUUCAAGAAAUAUUUUUACUCCAGAGGUAACCGAUAUUAUCGAUAAUCCUUAUGGGUUUAUAGUCCUAAUCCGCUUACCACCUUCCGAUCGAAGCGAGUGUAACUUCACAAGAUGUGCAUUUAACGGAUAUGAACAAGAUAUGAACUGCGAUAGCAAUAGAGGGAAUACGAAAAAUAUAAUAUUUAAUCUGAACAGUAUAAAUAAAAAUGAACGAAAAUAAUGAUUUUAAAUUAUAGCAAGAUUACA